GUCAUCUUCCUUCCUCCUCCUCCGUCUCUGUAGAGAGAGAGAGAGAGAGAGAGAGAGCGGGAAUGUCCCCUUCUUCGAUUACGUGCUCCAGAUUCGCCAUAAUCGCCGCAGCUGCAGUUCUCCUCCAGUCCCUCCGCCUCUCCCUCUUCAUCUUCGGCUUCUUCCCCACCAAGCCUGCUCUCUCCGUCGUCAGUGGACCGGAGAGCUUCCGUGCGCCGUGGCCCAACGGCGUUGGAAAUGAUUCGGCGGCGGCUUUGCCUCCUGAAGAGCUCAAGCGGUUGUAUCAGGAAUUAUCUGAGAUCAGCCCUCCGUUCGAUCGGCUAAUUCUAAUGGUUGUUGAUGGUCUUCCAGCAGAAUUCGUGCUUGGAAGGGACAACAAGCCUCCAAGAGAGGCUUUUGUUGAAGCCAUGCCUUAUACUCAGUCGCUACUAGCGAAUGGAUCUGCAGUUGGGUACCAUGCAAAGGCUGCACCCCCUACUGUUACAAUGCCGUGCUUAAAGGCUAUGGUUUCUGGGGCAAUUGGAGGAUUUCUGGACGUGGCACUCAACUUUAAUACACAAGCUUUGCAAGAUGAUAAUGUUAUUGGUCAAUUCUUUCGGACUGGUAGGAAGAUGGUCAUGCACGGUGAUGACACAUGGCUUAAGUUAUUUCCAGGAUCAUUUAUUAGGCAAGAUGGAGUGAGCAGUUUUUUUGUUAAAGAUACUGUUCAAGUAGACCAAAACGUUUCACGACAUUUAGACGAAGAGCUUCACAGAGAUGACUGGGAUCUUAUGAUUCUGCAUUAUUUAGGUCUGGAUCAUGUUGGUCAUCUUGGUGGAAGGAACAGUUUCUUAAUGGGCCCAAAACUCAAGGAGAUGGAUGAAGUAAUUGAGAUGAUUCAUCGAAGCAGCCUUAGGGAUAAAAAGAAUCAUCAGACAGGGACUCUUUUGGUGAUAGUUAGUGACCAUGGGAUGACUGAGAGUGGUAACCAUGGUGGUUCUUCAUUUGAAGAAAUUGAUUCGUUGGCUGUUUUUGUUGGUCUGGGUGAUCACACACUUGACCAUGCAUCAGCUACAGGCAAUUCAGCAAACCAGAUUGACAUUGCAGCCACUGUAGCUCUCCUCUUCAAUGUACCGAUACCAAAAAACAAUAUUGGAGUUGUCAUCCCACAUGCUCUUAACUUUAUGACAGAUGCUGAAAAGAUGAGAGCUUUAGAGUUAAACUCUUGGCAGUUGUUAAGAUUGUUACAGGCCCAGUUAUCUGGUCUACCCUGUGAACAUGUUUUAGUAGAGGACAGUACUGGAGAUACAAAAUCAGUGGUCACUGAGUGCGGUGGAAACAUAGAGCAGGUCUUCUGUUGCUUAUAUCGGAAUGCUGCCGUCCUCCACAGGUCCUGGAAGUUCAAGAGAAUCUCCAUGUCAAACAUUGAAGACUACAAGAGCGCUGCCGCAGCAUAUUAUGUGUUCUUGAGGACUGCAAGCCAGUGGUUAGCAUGCAGAAUGACUGAUAAACCUGUUGGCCUGCUUGUUGUUGGAAUUUCAGCAAUGAUUCUCUCAUGUUUGAUCUUUCUGGGGCUUGUAUUUCAUUUGAAUGAGGCCUUGUACGUUAGAGAAGACCAUCAGAUUCCCAGCUUGAAAAAAUAUGCCUUUUUAUGGCAUUUGGAUGAGAUCUUCCUCGUGGGUGCUACAUUGAUUCAUGUCAUAAGCAUGGGAUCCAGUUCUAUGGUAGAGGAGGAGCAAUAUAUUUGGCAUUUUGUGUCGUCAACAUUUUAUCUGUUACUAAUUCGGAAGACUGCACAGACCAUUCCGGCAGAUAGAACUCAAAGUUCAGUGUGCUUGUCCAUGUCUCUGAAUGGAAAGAUCAACUAUCCAAUUAUAUCCCUCUUUUCUGUACUUGUAUCGGGAAGAAUUUUGAGAGCCUGGCACCAGGGUGGUAUAAACUGGGUAAAUCUUCCUGAUAUUUCUAAAUGGCUAAAACUGGCGGGACAUGAAUAUGUGAAACGACUUUGGCUGCUGGUGUGCCUGUCAGUGAUCAUCUUAAGUAUAUAUGUUCUAACAUUCUUAUGGACAAGAAGGAAAAUGGUUUUAGUGGUCGGAUUCAGCUUUUUUAUCCCAGGAUUGAUGGUUUUGAAAUAUAUAAUUAGUCACGAGGAUGAUACAUCAGGGUCAUUUACAUACAGCUACGGUUCCACUGUAUCAGCACAGAAGAUAUAUAGAGUUCUUGGUGCUCUUACGGUUGUGGCUGCCGUAGCUGUACCAUGGCUAAUACAUAUUUGGACUUCCAAGGCAUGCUCUAAUGGUGAUAUCUGCUUGUCUACUUCUGGUUCCCAUGACAUUCUAAAGUUGCCUCUGCUGAUGGAGAUGAGAGACUCAUUUUAUGUCAUAGGGUGGGCAUACAUAUUUUGUUGGUGUCUCCUUCAACUGUUGCUCCAACAGCCAACAAAUUCGUUGCCUGUGCUUUUGCUGCUUGUGCAGAUCUAUGCCAGCAUGCUUCAUUCUUUCAGUGCUGUGCCUGCUCAUAACAAAUGCCAUGUGCAAGGGGUUAGGGAAGCUUGUGACUGUCCUUACUCAUUCCACAUGGCAGUUGGUCAACUGUUGGUUGACUUUCUUAGCAGUAGGACGAUUUAUCCUGAAAAGCAAAGGAGGGUUUUGGGGCAGGUCACUGCACUGUACCAAUUGGGAAUGGCAGGUCAUUUUGCCCUCGGGAACAGCAACUCUCUAGCUACAAUUGAUGUUGCUGGUGCAUUCAUUGGCGCUUCAGACUUCUCGAUGCUAUCAUCUGGUGUCUUGAUGUUUAUAAUCACCUAUGCUUCCCCGCUGCUGUUUCUCCUUAGCAUGCCAAUGUGGAUCUCUGUGAAGGAUUUUAGUUGUCUGGUUACUUCGCAGAAUGCUAAUUUUGGAGAUCUCCUAAAGAUGAUGCUUGGUUUUCCUUGUGUAAUACCUUUGUGCCUGAAUUCAGUUAUGCUGACUGCAUACACUAUCAUACUGCUACUGAUGAGAAAUCACUUAUUCAUAUGGAGUGUCUUCUCUCCAAAGUACCUUUAUGUCGCUGCUGCAACAGUUUGCGUUUAUUUGGGGGUUUUCAUCAUAGCUGCUACUGGAACUUAUAUAUACUUGGUGACAAUUUAUCGGAAAAGAUAAGAUUAGGAGCUUCAAUGGCGGCAUGAGGUAGAUCUUCCUGUAGCCUUACUGAUGCUGACAAUUUUGGUACUUAUUUGCAGAUUUGUUCAAUUCUUUUGGCUUUGAGCCACUGCUCAUAGUACAUUCAAUUGGUAAUUAUUUCGAAACGUUUCUUUGCAAUGAUGAGUUGGACAUGUCAACGUGUUUGUCAAUUUGAACAGUAAGAGAAUGAGUGAGAAUUUUCCGGCCAGACUACGUUUGACCUUCACUGUUUUGUUAUAGGGUUUGGUCCAUUCCAUAUAUAGAAAUUUUACUUGUGGUUUUGAGAAAUUUGAGUUUGUUCAAUCUGAGUCAUCCCAGGUGCGAGAUUUGUGUGAUCGAGUCCUUAUGUCAUAAGCAUAUUUAAUUAUGUUGAUGUGGUUGAUGACAUGACAACUUCUUGGCGUUGUAAAAGAGAACAGUAUAAUAUUCGGUUAAUGAAAACCAAACUCACUCUGCAAAAA